GGUUGAAGCACAGCAAAAUUAGAGAGCAGUUAAUCACUACGAAAUGACAAGUUACUGAGCGUAAAGGUAUUCCUGAGUCCCUGUGCCUUAGUGACAUGCUGCUUUGAUUUCUCAACGUUGAUCUACUUCACUGAUUGGCAAUUUGGUUCAAUCGGGCUAUGUGGCAAUGCUCUGAUAUAAUUUUCUUCAAUUAACAUGAUUGUAACUGAAGCAGCCUACCUGGGAAUUACAGCAGAAAGACGGCAGUGUUUAGCACUGGAGAGCUGGGCUGGUUUGUGCUUCUUGGGUAACAGGGCCCUGAGCUUCCCAGUGCCAGCUUCUGGCCACUUCCAGAGCUCCCAGGGUGACUUCUUCAGGUUAGCUGAGUGAAGUGAGGACACGGGAUGAACCUGUGGGAUGGAGCCCUGCAAGCAGAGAUUAGCAUUGCAUGGAAAACAGAUGAAACAAACCCCACAACCCCUUAAGAAAUAGUCUGAACAUUCAUUUUAUAGAAUUGGGAAGGCUGAAUGGAGUUUUUCUGGUUAUCACGGGGAUGUCCUUGUGGAAGAGGCAUCUGAAUAUGCUCUGCAGUGCAAGGAAUUACUAGGGGAAAAAAAAAAAGAAGAACAGACAAAACAAACAAACAUGUUAGUUAGGCAGUACUUUUAUCAACAGGGCAUCACUUGCUUCGUUCUUCCUGCUCGGAUAAUUUUUUAAGAAACACUGAGGCAGAAAGCAGCUUUUUAUCCUGUAUUCAUACGGAGCAAAGCAUCAGAGGACAGGCACGAGCUGGUUAACGCAGUCAGGUUCAUUCAAACUGCAGAAGUUUGAGGUAACACACACAAAGUUUGUUCUUCAUGUUAAGUUCUGCCUGGAAGCAGUUCCCAGCAAUCACAUUUCACUACUAGUAAUUAGAAGCAGUCGUUUGGUGUUAAAUCUUUGCAAGUUAACUGAAAAACAGGGGAACUCCUCUCAAACUUCGUAAUUUCUGCUCCUGACCUCUUCAUUAUUUUUUCUUCCAUGAUGUCACCCACAUCACUUGGUGGCUAAAAAUGAACAUUUUUCAGGUUCCAUGUUCAGUACAUUGGUGGCAUUUCUACCAUUGUCGCAGUAUUUUGGCUAUCAUUUUGCUCGGCAAGACAUAUCUGGACUUCAAAAAAUAAAUGCACUCUGGACAAUAUUAUAUUAAAAAAAACAGUUUAACAUCAAGAACAGAGCAGAGACCAUCUGAGCUGCAAGAUACUUCAUUAGACUAAAUCCAAACCGGAGUGCAGUGCAGGAGAUUUCCGCCAGCAGAAGCAUCUUGACCUCAGAGACAUCAGCAAAAUCCAGUGUCCAAAGUGAGAUUUGGAAGUUUGCUGAGCAAACAUUUGAGGAAGGUGGAUAUGGAGGUUCUCCUUCUCUUUGUAGCUUUGCUGCAAGAGCCGGUCUCAAGUACCUUGUAUGGGCCCUGGUUUCUGACAGGCACAGUUGGAGGGCUGGUCACUCACCAGUGCUUCUACUCAAUCACACCCACCAACAAGCAUGACAGAAAAUACUGGUGUAAAAGAGCAAGCAACGGAGUUUGCUACACCAUCGUUUCUACAACCGGCUAUGUCUCGAAAGGCCACGCAGGCCGGGUGUCCCUCCAGGACAUCCCAGAGAAUGGCACCUUCAUGGUGACAAUGACACAGCUGGAGAGCAGCGACACAGGGACCUACCGCUGUGGCAUCGGCAGCACCAACAAGGACCUCUACGUCAAUAUGAACCUGACGGUUUCGGAAGACCUGGGCACAUCGAGGCUGGCCGAGCUGCUCCACGGGGAGCUCCACGGCUCCAUCACCAUCCCCUGUCCUCCUGGGGACACCCAUGAUGGCACAAAGAGGUUCUGGUGCAAAGUGGGGAGCACUGGCUGCACUCUCAUCGCUGACACUGAUGGCUACGUGGCAAAGAGCUACGAGGGACGAAUCUUUAUCACCCCUCAGGACAGCUCUGGAGCAUUCAAAGUGCUGAUAAAUGGUUUAAGAAAGGAAGACGUGGGGCUGUACAGGUGUGGGACGGGCAGGCUGGGUGGCCAGGACAGCCUGCAGGACGUGGCUCUGCAGGUGACCACAGCCUCCUCCCGGCCCAGGAGGCCAAAGUUCCUGAGCGGCACGGUGGGAGGCUCGCUGUCCAUGAGGUGCCACCACGACCCCCAGGGCAGCUACGAGGUGAAGUACCUGUGCAGGUGGAAGGCGGCCAGCUGCUCCCUGCUGGUGGAUCUGGACGGGUUUGUGCACGAGUCCUACAAAGGGCGCAUACAGAUCGCCAGCAGCGACAAGGAGAAGGGGACGUACACCGUGGUGAUGAGCCCCCUGAGAGAGGACGAUGCGGGGUGGUACUGGUGUGGGGCCAGAAGCGGACACACAGAGCACACGUCCGCUGUGAAGCUGCUCAUCCAGAAGGGAACCUACACUUCACAAAACCCAGAAACAUACACCCUUGUGAACCCCAGUUUGCCAUCAAGCUUGGCAGCCUAC